AUAACAUACCAUGAGUUCAUUUUCCACAUACGGUAAAGAGAGAAAGUAAGGAGUAGCGAGAGCAGAGAAAAUGGCAUUCGCAACGAAAUCAGUUUCUUCUUUCGCCAUCAUUUUCAUCCUCGUUUUGGUUAUCUUUGAAGUGCCGGAGAUAGAAUCGCAUGAUGAUGAGUGCCUGAUAGAAUACGGCGGCGAUGUGGGUCUCAGCUUCUGUCUGCCUGAGAUAUUUCCGUCGUUUUGUUAUUCAAGAUGCCGUAAGGACAAGGGCGCACUAGGUGGAACAUGCAUUUGGGGAGAGGACGGUACUGUUGAUGUUAAAUGCUUAUGCGACUACUGCAGCGACAUUCCUAAUGACAAGAUUCUAAGUGGUGGUAUUUGAAUCCUGCAUGUGUCAUCAUGGUUUGUGUAAUAAUAUAUGUGGAAAAGAUCCAAGUACCAAUGUAAAUGACGAACAUGUGAAAUAAAAAGCCUGAAGUAAUGAGGCUCCCAUGGUUUGAAGA